AUGGCUAAAAUCGAAAAGAAGCAAGCAGUUAAAAACAAUCAGGUCCUUUCAUUAGCUGAGAAGAUCAAGAGAAAGGCAUUGGAGAAGCAGCAGCAAGCACAUGCUAACGAACCUUCCCCAUCCGACGAAGAUUCAGCACAAAGUAACAGUAAAGAUUCUAAUUCCAAUGAACAACCAGAAGAAUCAGAAGAAAUCUUCGAAUCGUUCACAGAGCUAGAUCUUGUGCCUGAGCUUAUUGAAGCUUGUAAAAACCUUAACUACAACAAGCCAACGCCAAUCCAAUCAAAGGCUAUUCCUCCCGCUUUGAAAGGUAGUGAUAUCAUUGGGUUAGCCCAAACAGGUUCCGGUAAAACAGCGGCAUUUGCAAUUCCUAUCUUGAACCAACUAUGGCACGAUCAACAACCUUAUUAUGCGUGUAUUUUGGCUCCUACUAGAGAAUUAGCGCAACAGAUUAAGGAGACGUUUGAUUCUUUAGGAUCUCUUAUGGGUGUUAGAUCAACUUGUAUUGUUGGUGGUAUGAGUAUGAUGGACCAAGCUCGUGAUUUAAUGCGGAAGCCACACAUCAUAAUUGCCACACCUGGUAGAUUAAUGGACCAUCUGGAAAAUACUAAAGGUUUCAAUUUACGUAAAUUGAAGUACCUUGUUAUGGAUGAAGCUGAUAGAUUAUUAGACAUGGAAUUCGGACCUGUGCUAGACCGUAUCUUGAAUAUCAUUCCUACACAAGGUAGAACUACAUAUUUGUUCUCUGCAACAAUGACUUCGAAGAUUGAUAAACUUCAAAGAGCAUCACUUACGAAUCCAGUUAAAUGUGCAGUAUCCAACAAAUACCAAACAGUGGACACUUUAGUCCAAACUUUGAUGGUGGUCCCUGGAGGGUUGAAGAACACUUUUUUGAUAUAUCUUUUGAAUGAAUUUAUUGGGAAGUCAACCAUCGUGUUUACUAGAACUAAGGCAAACGCUGAGAGAAUAUCUAACCUCUGCAAUCUAUUGGAAUUUAGUGCGACGGCAUUACAUGGGGACUUGAAUCAAAAUCAGAGAACAGGAGCAUUAGAUUUAUUCAAAGCUGGAAAAAGGUCGAUUCUAGUAGCAACAGAUGUUGCUGCAAGAGGUUUAGAUAUUCCGUCUGUGGAUAUCGUCAUAAAUUACGACAUCCCGGUUGACUCUAAAUCUUAUAUACAUCGUGUUGGUAGAACUGCGAGAGCUGGACGUUCUGGUAAAUCCAUAUCUUUGGUCUCCCAAUAUGAUCUAGAGCUAAUCUUAAGAAUUGAAGAUGUGUUGGGUAAAAAGUUGCCGAAGGAGAAUGUUGACAAGGAUGCGAUUCUUGCACUCAGAGAUUCUGUUGAUAAAGCAAACGGUGAAGUUGUGAUGGAAUUGAAUAGAAGAAACAAAGAGAAACAAGCCAGAGGUAAGGGAAGACGAGGCAGAAUGGCAACAAGAGACAAUAUGGAUAGAGAAGAAAGAUAG